UGGCAAUGGAAAACUGGACCAAUAUCUCAAGAGAAAACGGUUGGAAAAUGAAGAUAAUCCAAUUUACCUGAAAGUAGACUGGAUACCUUUUGACCAAUUUGAAGGGCUUGAUUUACUGCGACGUGGCGGCGAAGGUUUAAUAUAUGUUGCCAAUUGGAAGAACGGACCUCUGAAUCUUGGACCCGAGAAAGUUGCGCUAAAGUGUCUUCAUGGUUCCACCAGUGAUAUAGACAAAUUUAUCAAAGAGCUUGAUAUACAAGUAAGUUUAUAUCACACCAAUACCCCACUUUGCUACGGGGUAAGUCAAUUACCAACAAAACAAUAUAUCAUAGUGAUGGAAUAUGCAGAAGAUGGAGAUUUGCAACGUUAUAUUCGUACAAACUUUAGAUCCAUAAAAUGGAAAGAAAAACUAGAGAUGAUGUUCGACAUUUCGAAAACAUUGCAAAUUAUACACAAGGCUCAACUUGUUCACGGAGAUCUUCACAGUGGGAACAUCCUAAGGAAGAAUGAUAGAUUUUACAUCUCGGAUUUAGGGCUGUGUAGACCAUAUACCGAGACCAACGAUUGUUCAAAUUUAAUUGGUGUGCUACCUUAUAUCGCUCCAGAAGUAUUAUUAGGAAAGCCACAUGGUUAUGAGGCUGAUAUAUAUGGAUUUGGUGUCAUUAUGUGGGAGAUAACGUCAGGAAAACAACCCUAUGGAACUCUAUCACACGACGUUUAUCUGGCACAGGAGAUUAUUAACGGUGAGCGGCCAUCGAUUGGGUCCAACGUACCAAGUGAUAUAACGAAUCUAAUACGAGAGUGUUGGUCCGGGGAACCUAAAAAACGACCGAAUGCUGAUGAUAUUCAUGCUAUCUUUAAUAAAUGGUUAUUCGAAGAUUUAAUGUAUGAAAAGUGGCCUGAACCGAAUGUUGAUUAUGAACACCCUCCGUUAGAAAAUAACGUGAUCAGCACCAAAUGCAUUCCUACCAAUGACCUGGAUUAUAUUUCUAUACAGGCUAAUUACAUUAUUCCAGACGAUUUAGAAUACGAGGACUCAGUUGAGAUUAGAAUAGAAAGAUAUUGA